AUGGGGUCCUACUACCAAGCCCAAUGGCCCCUCAAGAACCUUGCUUUGAUAUUUACAGCUGUACCUCUCCGUCAAUAUAUGAGUAAUCUUCAGACAGAAAUACAGAUCAGCGCCGGAAGCUUCGCCAACCCAGGUGCAAAUGUCCGUCCAAGGUUUCGCUAUUGGCUGCCUGAUGCCAGUGUGGAUGCCGACACUGUAGCUGCUGAUAUCGCAGCUGCUGGCUCGAUUGGUGCUGGAGGCAUCGAGUUGCUCUCACUUUUUGAAUAUGGAGGGGAGCUCGGGUCCUUGCCUGCUGGCGCAGACUGGGCUACGUACAACUUUGGCGCAGUCCCUUUUCGCAACAUCUUUGCAGCAGCACUCACUGCUCACGAGGAAAAUGGGCGCGUGAUGGAAUUCUCACUGAGUCCGAACCAAGGACAAGGCAUGCCUGCAACUCCGGAUAAUCCUGCCGCCGUGCCAGAGAAUGGGUCCUUUUCAGGCGUCGUACCAGGCCGGGGAGCUGGUGAGCUCGUAUCCUUUGGUAGCAAAAACCUGCAAUUCACAAGUAUCUUUAACUCGAUUUUUGACGUGGGCUCCUAUGUCUUCGGCCAUUUCGAUGCCAUCAGCGCAGAGACAGCCAUCAAUUCCUGUGAAGAGUACAUAUUGGUUGAUUGA